AUGCAAUCCAGGGAAAUCCAGGGAAACCAGUCUUUUUCAGUUAAAUCUAUCAUCCAGGAAAUAUUCAACUCCUCACAUCAAGAAAACCGUCAAAUGAUUGACAAUGCUAUGUUUCACACCAAACGUGGCAAGACCUCGUCCCUGACGUUUUCAUUCUUCCGCCAAGUUGAGCCUGGGUCCUUGAUGGUUUCUCAAGCUGCUGAGGUCUUUGAAAAUAACUUACAAAUAUUAAAAGAUGAAGCAAAAUGGAGAAAUAAAAGGGAUAUGGUUGCUUCAGAGCAUAUUCUAUUGGAGGAUCUGGAGUUCAUGGCAGACUUAUCUGGUUGCCCUUCACCCGCACAUGCAGCCAUUUGUCUUUGGCAAAGUCCUUUGGACAACUACCGAACCAUUUCUGGUCUCUGCAAUAACAGACACAAUCCUACAUGGGGUGCAGCUAACACUGCCUUGGUCCGAUGGCUUCCAGCGCAAUAUGAAGAUGGAGAGAAGCAGCCUAAGGGUUGGAACCAUGGACGGCUUCAUAAUGGAUUUACACUUCCCCUGGUAGAAGCAGUCAGCAAGAAAAUAAUGAAAUCCUCUUUCAAACGGAAAGAGAAUUUGUAUUCUCAAUUGAUGAUUGAAUGGGGACAGUUCAUAGACCACGACAUAACCUUCACCCCUCAGAGCACUCGAGAUGCCACUGAUAUAGGGGUGGAUUGUCUUGACACAUGCCAAAAUAUCCACCCAUGCUUUCCAAUUCAGUCACAUGAUCUGCAGUCAGCUGCCAAAGGCUGUAUGCCUUUUUUUCGAUCCUCCCCAGCCUGCAUUGACAAUCUCCAUUUGGCAAACAAUUUUCCUUUACAGCGUCAGCAAAUUAAUACAAUAACAUCAUUUAUUGACGCCUCUGUUGUGUACGGUCACACGCUAGAAUUACAGAGCCUUAUACGCAAUUACACUAGCCCGACUGGCAGGUUAGCUAUCAAUAAGAUAUUCAAAGAUGGAGAAGGCAGACCAUACCUGCCAUCUGUGGAAGCCAGCCCAUCUGCUUGCUUCCAGAAUCCUAGGGCACCUCAAGAGGACCCAAGAGUGGAGUGUUUUGCUGCUGGGGACAGUCGAGUCAAUGAGGGUCUUUCCCUGAUCGCCCUGCAUACCCUGUGGCUGAGGGAACACAAUCGGUUGGCAGGUGCCUUGAAAGUAUUAAAUAGUCAUUGGAGCAAAGAGACUGUGUACCAAGAGACCCGCAAGAUCAUUGGAGCUCUACAUCAGAUUAUAACAAUGAGGGAUUAUAUUCCAAAAAUAAUUGGGCAGGAAUCAUUUGAUCGCUACAUUGGACCCUAUAUGGGCUAUGAUCCAACAGUGAACCCCUCAGCCUCAAAUGUGUUUGCCACUGCUGCAUUUCGGUUUGGCCAUGCCACCAUCUCUACAGUUGUGAGGAGAUUUAAUGAAAGCUUCCAGACACACGAGCAAUUUACUCACCUGAGACUACACCACACAUUCUUUAGUCCAUGGAGAAUAGUCAAAGAAGGUGGGAUUGAACCAGUGCUCCGAGGUCUGAUGGGUACGGCUGCAACGUCUGUGAGCACAGAUAAAUUAAUAGCAGAGGAGAUGACGGAGAAGCUAGUUGUACUCAACAUCCAAUGGAAAUUGGACUUGGCUGCUCUGAACCUCCAAAGGGGACGCGAUCAUGCCCUUGCUGGAUUCAAUGACUGGAGAGAAUUUUGUGGACUCAAGCGUUUAAAGAUAAAAGAAGAUUUCCAAGAUGUUGUCAAAGACAAGAUAAUUGUUAAUAAGAUACUGAAAAUGUAUAAAAACCCGGACAAUAUUGAUGUUUGGUUAGGAGGGCUAGUUGAGGACCACUUGAAAGACUCCAGAAAUGGCCCUCUGUUUUCUUGCUUGAUUGCCAAGCAAAUGAAAUCAAUUCGAGAUGGAGAUCGGUUUUGGUGGGAGGCUCAAGGUACAUUCACCAAGCACCAAAUAUCCGAGCUUUCAAAAUCGUCGCUUUCACGUAUAAUCUGUGACAACAGCAAAGUGACUGAAAUUCCACUGGAUGCAUUUAAGUACGGGAAAUACCCAAAUGGUUUUCUGCCAUGCAAUCAUAUUCCAAACAUCAACCUGGAAGCUUGGAGAGAAAAGAAGAAAACAGACAUUUGUGAUUCGCCAGCAGACAUAAAAAACGGGGAUUUUUUGUUGUUUUCAUCCUCAGGCAAGUUGGUUGCACACUAUAUCUGUUACCAUGGUUUCAGAUUAAAGGGAACAGACAAACUUGAAUGCAAUGAAAGCGGCUGGAGUGAUCCACCCCCAGAAUGUAUAGACAGGUAA